AAACACCCGCUUCAAUUUCACCACAUCUACCCCGCCAUGGAGACCUACCACGGCCAUGUACGCACGCCUAAUGAUGCGAUAUUACUUUUCGAGGCUUGCCGAAUUGGAUUGCUGCCUCGCGUCCAGCGCCGUUUGUCGGAGAAAGAGCGCCAGCAGAUCAAGUCCGGAUCCGUCUUCGUCUGGGAUGAGAGGGAAGCUGGUAUGAGGCGGUGGACGGAUGGCAAGUCGUGGAGCGCCAGUCGAGUAUCCGGCAGUUUCCUCACCUAUCGAGAGAUGGAAGGCAAGCGCGGAGGAAGCAACCUGAGCCAGCCAGCGCCGAAACGAGCAAGCGGCAAGUCGCCAGAUGGCUCGGCAACUGGAGAUUCGGAAGGCGAGGGCCCUGACGGUUACCGGUACAAACCAGAUGGUCUGAUGAAACAGUCCUUCAGCAUUACCGCGUCCAGUGGCCAACAUCUCCAUCUUAUCAGCUACUACACUCGCUCCAACAACCAGCCGUUGACACAGCCUUCCACCGAUCCGUCUCUGCGACACAUUCGUCCUCCCAAGAACAUGUAUCCGGAAUCAACCGUGAAUGAGACGCCAACUGUACCUGCUGUAACCCGAGGCCCCAUGCCUGGCUCGCCUUACUCCUCUACGCCGCACUCCAUCACUCCAUCUUCGCCCUACCAGCGCCCUGGACCACACCAGCAGCCUGUCUAUGUACCCGUAUAUCACCCUCCACCCACUCCACCCAAUGCUCCAUCGCCUUAUCAGCAUGCCUACUAUGGUCACCACCCGCAAUACCAGUACUUCCCCUACGCUGGAGUGAUAUACGCGCCUCCAAACUACCCCCACCCUGCGCAAGGCCACGUGUUUGACCGCCCGCCUCAGAUGGGCGGUUCUCCCCUGCACCAUCCUCCCCCCGGGCAUUCUAUUAUGGGCGCGCACCCUGGACACCCGGCUCAUCCACCACAAUAUGUCCAUGGUGGACCACCGCGACCAUUACAACAGUCGGAAAUGCCACAACAUGCUCAGCACCCUCAACAUCCUCAACAUCCUCAACAUUCCCAACCUCCUCCCAAUCCCAAUCAUGUUGCGGCAGCAUCGCACGCGUCAAUUCCAGAGCAGGGCCCGCAAUUGCCUGCUAUUAAUAACCCUACGACAAGCACACCCAAUGCAGGACCCAAGCCACCUACACCGCAACCAUCUGAGCAGCGAGCGCAAGAGUCGCAAACGAACGCGGAUUCGAAUAAUGCGACGGCGGGUACGGAGAACGCACCUGCACGUACCAUCCCGAAGAUUGGAUCUAUUCUGAAUAACCAAGAUCAUGCGCCAGAAAAUCAAGGCAACAGCCGAUCGGGAAGCAAGAGUCCAAACAACUCUCAACCGCCGAUUCGCGAGCUUCCCCCGGACCGGCUUGCAAGCAUGAGCGCAAGUACUGAUACACGGGCUCUCGACAAACUCAACAGGAACAUGUUUGUACGAACAUAG